GUUUUGCUCAUCUUUUGAAACAGUAAUAAAUCAAUUUGGUGUUACUCCUGCCGUAAAUAUCUAGAUGCUCAAGUGAUCCAACAAUUGUGGGCCAAGCAGAGUCGAUCAUCUUCAGCCAAGCUCGAGAGCAUUGAUGCAAUGGUUGUUGAUGUUACUGGUCUCUUGUCCAAGCCAAAUCCUAGCAUCAAUGUUCAUCCACAGUUGGAUGCUCCGUUGUUUGUUGGCCAGGACGAGCUUGCCUUGGCGAAGGAGGGACUCCAGAAGAUCUUUGAUUGCGGGUUAAAAGCUCUAGCUGAUCCCAAAGUGCAAGAAGCGUUUCUCCUUUACUCAGCCACACUGCUAUCAGCCGAGUCAUGCCCCUCAGAAUUGAAGGUUAACUUUUCAUCAUUCAAAUGUAAUCUUUCGGAAGAAACCUCUGCUUUCAUUAAAGCUCAAGAUGAGUUGAAGGUGGCCUCAGAGUUAUCAGUCUCGAUUACCCAGAAGAAGUUUGUUGUGCGGCAACAAACUUCCAAGUAUGAUGUGGUAAAGAAAGAAAUUACUGCCUCGGACGAGAAAGUUGCCAAAUAUAAGUCCAUGAUCAAAGAGUUGGAGGCACAAAUCAAAGGGUUGGAAGCUUGUUUAGCCACAGAAGUGAGCAACAGGAAAAAGAUUGAUGAGCUUAUUGAUUCGAUCGAGACACAACUCACCACUGCAAGAGAUGGACUGGUCUCUGACUUGGCACAAGUGUCUUCCAUGGAGGGAACGACCCAAGCAGCUUACCAGUUAGUAACUCGAAAACAGUCUCACUGGGAUAACCUAAAGACUAUGUUUACUAGGUUUGCAAUUGCAUACGCCACCAUGAGUCGACAUCCUACUGUGAAGUGGGCACAGCAGCCUGAUACGCUUUACAUCACUAUUGAGUUGCCUGAUGCCGAGGACGUAAAGCUUAAACUGGAGCCUGAAGGAAAGUUUCUAUUCUCUGCUACAACUGGAGCAGAAAAGAUACCUUAUGUAGUUGAUCUUGAUCUCUAUGACAAGGUUGAUGUAAAUGAGAGUAGGUAUAGUGUUGGCUCGGGAAAUAUAUUUCACCUAGUGAAAAAAGCUGAAAAUAAAUGGUGGAGCAGAUUGAUAAAACAAGAAGGAAAAGCUCCUGGCUUCUUGAAAGUUGAUUGGGAUAUGAACAAGUCUAUGAAUGAAUGA